AUGACGACAACCGCAGCAGGCACCCACACCGCAUCUUCAGUGGGAUUGCCUUAUGGAGAAAUACAGGGAUAUGCUCCUGGGGGUAUUCCAGCCUACAGCAAUAAACAUGAUAUGUACUUUUCAGGAGAGCGGAGUAUUGAUAAAAAUCUCUUUUGUGGAUUUAAAUAUCAAUGUGUGGAAUUUGCCCGUCGAUGGUUGUAUGAACGUAAACUUCUUGUUCUUCCCGAUGUAGAUUGGGCUGUGCAUAUAUUUCAAUUAAAAGAAGUAGCCGAUGCCCGCACAGCGGAACCGGUACGUUGUGUUGCCAUUCGCAAUGGAACGAGUGAAAAACCGGUUGCCGAUUCUCUUCUAAUUUAUCCUUCCGAAGAAGAUAGUCCGGUGGGUCACGUUGCGGUAAUUACAGAAGUGGGAGAUGAUUGGGUUCGCAUUGCGGAUCAAAAUCAUCGUUUUCACAAGUGGGAAUCGGAUUACGCGGCUCAAAUUCCAUUAAAGUAUGAAAAUGGGAUUUGGACAGUGGAGGAUCAUGUUCAUUAUGGGAUUUUAAAUCCACUGGGAUGGGUAACCUUUCCAGAUACACCGGAUCGUGAACCCAAUGAACCACUUGUGCUUCAUCCAUCCCUAUAUUUUAAAACUCCAGAGAAACCAUAUUUGCGUCGAAUUACAUUUGUGCCGAAGAGAAAAAAGGAAAAUUGGUUAGAUCCUACAAAUGAUGCAGAAGCUUUAUUUAUUCAAACAUUUGGGACGGAUGUGAAAAGAGACGGUGAGGAAAGUGUAAGUUAUUAUCAAAUGAACAGGGAACUUUAUUUGGAUUGUACACGUUAUGGUAAUCAAUUACAUCAAUUUUUUCUUGAAGCUACUGAAACGGUAAUUGCAAGUGAUGAAAAAUUAACGUUAUUUGGUAUUCCAAAGGAAUUUUGGCCACGUAUUCGUCAUUCAUGGAAAACACAACAACAAUGUAUAACGGGAAGAUUUGAUUUUGCUUUUGAUGAAGAUAAACAAAUGUUUAAAUGUUUUGAAUAUAAUGCCGAUAGUGCCUCUACACUUUUGGAAUGUGGAGAUAUUCAAGAAAAAUGGGCCGACUCCAUUGGUUUAAACGAUGGCACUACAAGAAGUUCAGGCAGUUUUAUUGAAUCUCGUUUACAAUUGGCUUGGGAAAUGACAAAUUUAAAAGGUCGUGUUCAUUUCCUUGUGGAUAAUGAUAUUGAAGAAAAGUAUACCGCCACCUAUGUGAUGCAAGGGGCUCGAGCUGCAGGAUUGGAAACUAAAUUAUGUGUUCUCUUUGAUGAAUUUCACUUUGAUGAGAAUGGAAAUAUAAUAGAUGCGGAUGGAAUUCCUGUUACGGCUGUUUGGAAAACAUGGAUGUGGGAAUCCGCUAUUGCAGAUUACAAUAGAGCGCAACAAGAACGUGGACCCAAUUGGAAACCAUCCCCAACAGAAAAAGUUCGUUUAUGUGAUAUUUUAUUGGGAUCUAAUUGGGAUAUACGUGUGUUUGAGCCCAUGUGGAAGUUAAUUCCCAGUAAUAAAGCUAUUCUUCCUAUGAUUUAUGAUAAUCACCCAGAUCACCCUGCGGUAUUAAAGGCCAGUUAUGAAUUAACAAAUGACCUUCGACGUAGUGGAUAUGCAAAGAAACCCAUUGUGGGUCGUGUGGGUCGUAAUGUUACUAUUACUGAACCGACUGGAAAUGUAGCGGCGGAGUCUGGUGGGGAUUUUGGGGAUCGUGAUAUGAUUUAUCAGGAAUUAUUUCCAUUGCCUUGUAGAGAUGGCUAUCAUGCCAUUAUGGGCGGUUGGGUGAUUGGGGAUGUUUACUGUGGAACGGGUAUUCGUGAGGAUAAGAGUAUUAUCACUGGACUGGACUCCCCAUUCAGUGCACUGCGUGUUUAUAUUGGAAAGGUUCCACGAACGUUAAGUCAUGAAGAUCUGGAUGCUGAAGAGGCGAAUCCUUAA